GUAGGGACAUGAAAGUUGUGCUUACAAGAGACUUCUAGGAGCCACCAUGAAGUAAAAGCUUGGUUUGGGAGAGGAAGAACAGUCUUGGAAUAUUUUGAGAUAUGUUUUAGCAGUGGCUUCCUGGACUAGUCAGAAUCUCAGUUUCCCAUCUAUAAAAUGAGUGGCUUACACUCCAUGGCCUCGUGGGUCCCAACUCCCAAUGCUCAUCUGUGGUCCUAUUAGAGUCAUUGCUUGGAAUCUGGGGCAGUGGAAUUCUCUGAAGGAGCCAAAAGGGCUCAGGUCGUCUGAGAUAAGCCAUUUCUUAGGACUUCCAGUUAGCAAACAUUGUGGGCCUGCUCCAUGCUGGGCCCUGGGCUAAAUAUCAGGAACAGAAAGAGACGCAAGGGACAUCUUCUCUCAUGGAGGUCACAGACUGUGGGGCAGAUAAUCUAUCAGCACUAUGUAGAAACCCACUGUGGACCAGGAAAAUCGUUUAAAUUUAGUGCCUUAGGAGGUCACUAAUUCGUGAGGAUAAUAGUGGUCUAAGGAGAGCACAAUUGGGGAGAAAUAGUCAACAUGAAAUAAAAGAGUUGGCUUUUGUAGGACAUCUACUGUGUGCCAUGCACUAGAUAAAUAUGGUCUCAUGUUAUCCUCGUGAGAAUCCUAGGUCUUAGGUGGUAGUAUUCGGCUCAUUUUAGAGAUAAACAGUUUAUCUCUAAAACUGAGGAAAACAGAAAUCGUAUAACUGGACUAGCAAGUUUCUGAGAUGUGAAGAAAACUCAGUUCUUACUGAUUCCAAACCCUAUCUACACUUUUUCCACUGUCCCCCAGCUGCAGUCUGAUUCUGAAACUGAUAUGAUGAAAAUGGUCACAUAUGUGGAAAAUAGAAGAAUCAGACACGGCAUCAUGGAGAGAUGGAAUUUCACUUUUGAAAACUCUAACCAAUUAAAUUUUUGCUAAUUAUUAUUUUUAAAAAAUUCUAUUUCUAUUGGUUCAUGAGAAGUAUUGCAUUAAUAAUGUACACAAAUUCAUUGAAAGGUCACGCACAAAUGUUGUUUUGAUUUUCUGUAGUAAUGUUUCAUAAUGCAAAGCAACCUUUAAAAGGAUAGAAUUUCAUCAGAUAUUUUUGUUUUUUCUACCUUGGCUAAAGUGGCUACAUUAUUACUGACUAACCCAUGUUGCCAACCAAUACCUUUGAGAAACUGCCAGAUAGAGAAGAGUAACAUAAACAGAGGAUACACUUAAAUUAGAAAAUGACCUUAGCAUCUCAAUGAGUGGCAUUUCAAGUCCAUUUUUGUAGAAAGGUUGUAGACUUCUAUGAUGAUUUCAUGAUGACUUCUACUGUGCAUCACUAGGGACCAUGGUUUUUAGGUAGCCUGCCCUCACAGCUGCAAGAAUGGAAAGCCAGAAAUCUAGAUUUGGUGGCUACUGGUUUGAUGAGAAGUGAUUACUUUGUAACCCAGGAAUGAGAGAACUGUUCUGGUGCAAUGAGAGACAAAUACUGAGGGUCCUUUCAUGCCUGUGGCCAUUUGUACUUGAAUGUUCAAACUUCCUGGAAUUUUGGAAGCAAUUUUGUCCCAAGUUGGGAAACUGAAAGAAGAUGUUACAGUUACAAGCCCUCAGAGUUUGAUGUGAUCACUGCAUGAUCUCAUAAAGCUGUGUAUUUCUGGUCAUGGUAGUUUGAAAUCACUGCAGAAUGAUAGUUGUUAAGGUAGAUAGAUGCACAUACAUAUCCCAGAGGACAAUUUACCAUUUAAGGUGCCACUGACAAAUGUUUGGGUUAAAUCCCUGGGGGAAUUUUUAAAAAUUGAGUUUGUUAAAAGGAUAAGCAGGGGAAUAUGAUGAUAAUUGUUUUUUUUUUAAAAAAAGAAUAAUUAAUGGCUACAUGAAAAAAAAGUAAUGGAUCAGAACAAAAUCACUUAUGCCUUAGAUGAAAUAUAAAAAAUCAACAUGCAAAAAAAAGUAUUAGCAUUCUGAAUGUGUCCUCAUACAAUGUAUAGAGAAAAAAUAAAUUGAAAAUGAUUGCAAAGAAGUCACAGGAAGUAUUGACAAUGGAGUUACCUUGUCAAGUACUGUAGGCAGAGCAUUUCCAAUCACAGGGUGCAAAUUCCAGUCUCUGCUGCUGGGAUUUGAGUCAAGUCAGUCAAGCAUUCUGAGCUGAUGGCCUGAGCUGUGCUCCCAGUGAGAAUGAAGGCUCUUUCUUUGUUGUCACAGGUUUAUUAUGAGGAUCCAACAUAUUUGUGCAUGAAGCUCAUUAAAAAUUUGAUCAACCUUGGGAUGUCAGAAAAAGAGAUCAGACUUGAAAUGAGGAAACCUCCUACAGAGCAAAGCCUUUCAAUGGUAGAAUCUCUCAAGUCAAGAUUCAUCAGUGAUGGUCCUGCUAACUUCACUUGGCAAGAGAGCUGUGAUGAACCUGAGAAGAUCCACACUGGCGAGAAAUCUUAUGAAGAUAAGCGAAUUGGAAAGGUUUUCAUAGAAAGUGGAGCUCUUACUAGACAUUUACUGAGAAUUUAUACUGGAGAGAAACCGUAUGAAUGUAACCAGUGUGGAAAGGCUUUUGCAAAUCAGGGAGCUUUUACUGUACAUCAGAGGACCCAUACUGGAGAGAAACCUUAUAAAUGUAACCAGUGUGGAAAGGCUUUUAGACAAAACGGAGCUCUCACAGUACAUCAGAGGAUUCAUACUGGGGAGAAACCUUAUAAAUGUAACCAGUGUGGAAAGGCUUUUACAAAUCAGGGAGGUUUUACUGUACAUCAGAGAAUCCACACUGGGGAGAAACCUUAUAAAUGUAACCAGUGUGGAAAGGCUUUUAGACAAAAGUUAUGCCUUACUGUACAUCAGAGAAACCACACUGGAGAGAACCCUUAUGAAUGUAAUGAAUGUGGAAAGACUUUCAAAUAUAAGUCUAGUCUUCCUGUACAUCAGAGAAUCCACAAUGAAGAGAAACCUUAUGAAUGUAAUGAAUGUGGAAAGGCUUUUAGAGAAAAGGGAGUUCUUACUGCACAUCAGAGAAUCCAUACUGGAGAGAAACCUUAUAAAUGUAAUCAGUGUGGAAAGUCUUUUAGACAAAAAUUAUAUCUUACUGUACAUCAGAGAAUCCACACUGGAGAGAAACCCUAUGAAUGUAAUCAGUGUGGAAAGGCUUUUACACAAAGGGGAGCUCUUACUUCACAUCAGAGAAUCCACACUGGAGACAAUCCUUAUGAAUGUAAUCAAUGUGGAAAGGCUUUUAGAAAUCGGAGAGCUCUUACUGCACAUCAGAUGAUCCACACUGGAGAGAAACCUUAUAAAUGUAACCAGUGUGGAAAGACUUUUAAGAGAAAGGAAACUCUUAGUGUACACCAAAGAAUUCACACUGAAGAGAAACCUUAUGAAUGUAACCAGUGUAGAAAGACUUUUAGAAGCAAGGGAGCUCUUACUAUACAUCAGAGAAUCCACACUGGGGAGAAACCCUAUAAAUGUAACCAGUGUGGAAAGACUUUUAGGCGAAAGGAAACUCUUGUUGUACAUCAGAGAAUCCAUACUGAAGAGAAACCUUAUGAAUGUAACCAGUGUGGAAAGGCUUUUACAAGAAGGGGAGCUCUUACUGUACAUCAGAAGACUCACACUGGAGAGAAACCUCAUAAAUGUAACCAGUGUGGAAAGGCUUUUACAAAAAGGGCAUCUCUUACUGGACAUCAGAGAAUCCACACUGGAGAGAAACCUUGUGAAUAUAACCAGUGUGGAAAAUCUUUAAUAUUCAAAUCUGAUUGGUUCUGUGAUAAAAUGUAACGACAUUAAAAUAAGGAAGAAAAUAAAUUAGGGACAGAAUCCUGGGAGAAGAUGAUGUGGUGCUGAUGCCUUCCAUACUUAGCCUUGUCUUGCUAUAAUGCUUUAGGGAGGGUGAGGAAAAUGAAAAUUUCCUUGGGAUAGCAGACAGUUUCUUGGGCAUAUUGGAGCCUUCUUUUUAUUCUGGUCACCUGCUUGAAAGGCAUGCUGGUGGAAUGGGAAGAUCCCCACUUUUGGAGUCAGAGGACAUGGGUUAAAUUUAUGUUCUGUACCUGUAUGGCCUUGGGAAAGUAAUUUAACAUUUUAACGGUGCAUUCAGGUUAGGGUUUGUAAGGUCCUGUUUAGCUUUCUGGAGGUCUCUGGACCAGCCUUUGUUUCAGCAGAGUAAUCACCAGGAGAAUAGACAGAGAUGGAGUCCAAAAAUCUUUAUUGUCUCCCUCACAGUCUUUUCUCCUUGCCUGAGGCCUGGGCUAGCUUUCUUGAGGUCCUCUGGAAUGUGGCUUGGCUUCGGUGGGGGAGGCAGGAGGACCACCAUGAUGGUCUCUGUCUUGAAGUCUCCCUGAGUCUGGGAGCUUGUGCUCCAACCUCCAGUCCUCUGUCUUCCCCGAGUCUGUUCCAGUUCCCCAUGGUGGUGGGAGAUGGAAUGCAUGUCUGAGUCCAAGGGCUUGUGCUCUGCUCCAGCCUCCAGCCACCACAAAGGUGGGAUGGAAUCCAUGUCUCUGGUUGAGUUUGUCCCAGCUUAUAUAUUCUAUUAAAAUUACAUCACAGUAGGUGUGAAUCUAUUAGAACUAUAUUAAGUACUAAGUAUAUGUACUGAACUAGAGAAUUAUUAAUCACCAAGCUAAACUAUAAAACUAAUGUUUUAUCAAUUCCACUGAGUUAACUCCUUAUUCUAAGAUUCUCUCAAUAAUUCUGGCCCAUUACAGUUAUUAUUUAAAAGAUUUACAAUUGGCUCAUGACAAGUAUUGCAUUAAAUCGCAGGUGUACUCAAAGGUCCAUUACAAAUAAUGCUUAAUGUUCGUCUUUUAAAAAUUAAUGUUUAAUAU